UCUUGGCAGUUCCUUUACGUUGGCAGGAGCAUUCGGAUUAAAAUACAGCGCCUGUCAGACGGCCGGUAUAGGCGCACAGAUAAAGCACUACCCAUUGCAGGUUCGCAUAGGCAUUUCAAUUGGCUUUCCAGUAGAGAAGAGCGUGCGACAACUGCACUGUGGAACACACCCCAGUUCGGUAAUGCCUCCUCCCGAUAAGGACUUUCACUCUUCCCCCUCUGCAUUUUCGUGACUUUCACGAUGGUGCAAAAAGCCGCCAACGGCGUAGUUUAUUCAGCCGAAGGCGGAGAGAAAAAAGUCGGCUUUGUUGGACUGGACCCAGGCGCAGCCGAGACCAGCAGAGACGGGGCGCUCCUCAUAGCCGGUUCGGAAACCACCAAGCGGGCCAGCAUAUUAUGCAGACCUAGAUCCAGUUUAUCAGGGGGGAAGAGAGCCAACAAGAGGAAUGCCGGCUAUCGAAAACUACAGAAUUUCCUCUACAAUGCACUGGAGAGACCGAGAGGCUGGGCGUUUGUAUACCACGCUUAUGUGUUCGUCUUGGUCUUCUCCUGCCUCGUGCUGUCGGUGUUCGCCACAAUCAAAGAAUACAAGAAGAGCUCAGAGAGUGCCUUGUACAUCCUGGAAAUAGUGACCAUUGUGGUGUUUGGCGUAGAGUACAUAGUCAGGAUCUGGGCAGCCGGCUGCUGCUGUCGUUACAGGGGAUGGAGAGGCCGGCUCAAGUUCGCUCGCAAGCCCUUCUGCAUCAUCGACAUGAUGGUGCUGAUAGCGUCGGUGUCGGUCCUGGCGGCCGGGUCCCAGGGCAACGUGUUUGCCACCUCGGCCAUCAGGAGUCUCCGCUUCCUGCAGAUCCUCCGCAUGCUGCGCAUGGACCGCCGCGGGGGCACCUGGAAACUGCUGGGAUCAGUUGUCUACGCCCACAGCAAGGAGCUAAUUACGGCCUGGUACAUCGGCUUCCUCUGCCUCAUCCUGGCCUCCUUCCUGGUCUACUCGGUGGAGAAGGAUGACAACAGCGAGAUGUUUGAGACGUACGCUGACGCACUGUGGUGGGGCCUGAUCACCCUGACGACAAUCGGCUAUGGCGAUAAAUACCCGGAGACCUGGAAUGGCCGCCUCAUUGCCGCAGCCUUCAGCUUGAUUGGUGUGGCGUUCUUCGCUCUUCCCGCAGGUAUCCUAGGCUCUGGCUUUGCUCUUAAGGUACAGGAGCAACACAGACAGAAGCAUUUUGAGAAACGACGUAACCCAGCUGCGGGGCUGAUUCAGAAUGCCUGGAGGUUUUAUUCAACCAAUCUAUCUCGAUCGGACCUGUUUGCAACAUGGGACUUCUAUGAACAGAACGUAUCGGUUCCAAUGUACAGGCUCAUCCCUCCCAUCAAUCAGCUGGACCUCCUGAGGAGUCUGAAGGGAAAGUCUGGAUUCAGGAAGGACACUCAGCCUACGGAAGCCUCUCCAAGUAAUGUGGCCACACAUUCACCUCAACUCUGUGGCUGCUUCCCCAGAAGCCUUAGCCGUAAGGCCAGCAUUAAAGAGAAAGUCUUUCAGAGUCCCUCUAAGCACACGGACGGGAAAGGAGACGAGGGGGUCGAGGAGAGUCCCAGCAAACUGCAGAGUCGGGCCAAGCAGGCCUUCCGCAUCAGGGGUGCGGGAUCGCGCCAGAACUCAGAAGAGGCCAGUCUACCUGCAGAAGAGGUGGAUGAUAAGCAUGGACACUAUGGAAUGCAGCAAGACUUACCCGCUGGACUAAAGGUGACCAUCCACGCAGUCUGUAUUAUGCGCUUCAUGUUGUCAAAGAGGAGGUUUAAGGAGAGCUUGCGGCCGUAUGACGUGAUGGAUGUGAUUGAGCAGUACUCUGCUGGACAUCUCGACAUGCUCUCCCGCAUCAAGAGCCUCCAGUCCAGGGUAGAUUUGAUUGUGGGUCCCCCUCUCCCUUCAACACCCCGUCAUAAGAAGUACGUAAUCUGGCAAAGAGUGGACCAGAUAGUGGGUAAGGGUGCUCCAGAGAAGGGGGAGAAGGAGAAGCCCAAGACACCCGUGGAGCCUGAGGGCCCAGAGGACCCCAGCAUGAUGGGACGCAUGGGCAGGAUGGAGAAGCAGGUCCUGACCAUGGACAAGAAGCUGGACUUCCUGGUGCAGGUCUACAUGCAGCGUAUGGGCAUCCCGCGCUCCGAAACCGAGGCCUUGCUGGGAUUCAAAAUGUCCGAACCUGCGCCACCAUACCACAGCCCGGAAGAAUACAAGAGUGGGAAGGAGGAUGAUUUGGAUGAGGAGAAGGAGGAGGUGAAGAAGGUGAGCGCCGCUCCAGAACCUCCUCCACUGGGCUCCAGCACCCCCCUCGAGACCCAUCAACAGGCCUCGACGCUCUGGACCCGCCCGUCUCCACCCCGCACACCGUCCCGUGCACCGUCCCCGCCGCAGAAACUGACGGACGAGCCCCUCUGCCUGCCCCGCUGGAACAGCAGCCGCGGCGUGUCCCCCGUGCUCACAGACGACCCCUCGCUGUACCGCAUCCCGCCGCCGCCAUCUCAGGACACCUCUGAGAGCAGCCGCCAGCGCAAGCACCACCGCCGCCCCCGCCCCCAACACUCCGGCCACAUCUCCGCCGCCGCAGCCGUGUCCGCCGCCGUGGAGAGCGACACCUCCCUCUCCAUCCCCUCCGUGGACCAUGAGGAGUUGGAGCGCUCCUUCAGCGGCUUCAGCAUCUCGCAGGCGCGCGAGGACGACUACCCGCCCCAGCCCUCCGGCAUGGGCAUGAUGGGGAACGUGGGCGGAACCUUCCGGGCCCGGCUCCGGCCGUAUCUGGCAGAGGGAGAGUCAGACACGGACUCGGAGCUGUACACCCCGGGCGCCCCCUCCCCCUCCCCGCUGUCCUGGGGAGAGGGCCAGUUCGGGGAGAGGGGCUGGAUGGGGAAGUAA